UAGCACGUUGCGCCCUUCGCGCCGCAGAAUGUCGUCAAUCCGUCGCCGCCGCUUCUCUGCUAGCACAUAACAAUGUUGCGUCCAUACAUGCUAUCUCCGAUAGCAUCCAGCACUCUGGGAGACUUUUGGAGGAGGCACGGAACCUGUCGCACGCGCAGGCAUCAACGUCAGCUCGUGGUUUCUUUACUAUGGGGACAGCACCAGCAUCUAAAAAGUACAACCAGCGUCGACUCGUAGGGUGGACACCCGAGCAACUUUAUACCGUUGUUUCGCGCGUUGAAGACUACUACAAAUUCGUGCCAUGGUGCCAGCGCUCAACCGUAGUUAAGCCGGCCUCCAACAACUACAUGGAAGCAGAGCUUGAAGUCGGUUUCCAGGUCCUCGUAGAAAGGUACACUAGCCAAGUCUUCCUGGCCCCCGGACGCUCAGUUCGCUCGCGCGUCGCCGACAGCUCCCUCUUCCACCACCUCGACUCUACCUGGACCAUGGAGGCAGGGCCCACACCCCGCACCUGCUGGCUCUCCUUUUCCGUGGACUUUGCCUUCCGCUCGCAGCUUCACGGCUAUCUAGCGGACAUCUUCUUCAACGAGGUCGUCAAGCAAAUGAGCGGCGCCUUUGAGGGACGCUGCGCGACGCUGUACGGACCGUCAUCGUUGAUAAGCCCGCCGGUGCCGGCGGCGGGGCAGCGGCCGCGGCAUCCUGCGUCUGCAGCGGCGGGGGCGGGGGCUGGAGCGGGAGUAGCGGCAGGGAGAGGUGCAGGAGGAGGAGGAGCGGCUGCAGCUGCUUCUGGAACAGCAGCAGCCGCAGCACAUGGAGCGCGGUGUCGGUGUUCCGGGCAUGCGCAUAAUAAAGCAACGGCAGCACCACCGACACCAGCAGCAGCAGCAGCGACAGUGGGGGAAGCGGGGGCAGGAAAGAAAUGAUGAGGAUAGUGUUGAUGAGGUUAGUUAAGCUUGGGAGCCCCAGUGCCGG